GGCCAUUCAUGAAGUCACAACUGUCAGCCUACCGGUUAUCAUCCCUCCCCCCUGCAGCUAUACACGAUACAUAUAACACACACAUCCAUCCAUCCAGCCAGCCGUGUGCCCACCUCCUCCCUCCCUCCCUUAUCUACAUCCACUCACACACACACACACACACCACUCACUCACUAGCCAGCCACACACGCACACAGCCUUCACUCAUGCACUUGACAGCAAGACAGCAAAACCCUCCCGAGCAACGAACGCAUCAAACCCAUGCAUGCAUUGGGUCAUCAUCCCUCCCUCUCUCCCUCCGUCCCUCCGUCCGUCCCUCACGCGACGCUACAGUUGAAUGGGAAUCGGGAUUUCUUGCCGCCCGUCCGCUGCACCUUCGGCUUCUUGUGCAGAGAUAUCGGGGCGCUCGGGCUGGACGCAGACGACGGCACGCCGCCCUGCCGUCACAACAACACAUCACAACACAACACAACACACACUCACCCGAGAUGAGCAGCAUGAAAAGAUCAAUACACUAACUGAGUGGAGCCGCGGCUGUAAAUGUAUGUAUACCGACCGGUGUGAAAGAUGGGUUGGCGUCGCCCCCUGCGGCCGCCUGAGGCGACGCGCCACUGGACGUCCCGCUCGACGCUGGAGGGGCCGUGGAUGCCAACUCCUGGACAUACACACAGCACACAUCACACAGAAACCGCAACACAGACAGAGUGUCUGUCCGCCCGGCCGUGUGGUGUGUGUCGUGGGUAAGAGUACUUUAAUGUCUGUGAUUUGUUUCUGCUGCAGGGCCGCCUCGCCCCCCCGGCGGAGGAACUCAUCUCCCAGGUACUCAAACACCUCCGACACGUUCAGAUUGUCCUUGACACACGUCCUGCACGGCAUGCAGCACAAGACACACAGACAGACAGACACACACGACAGAGAGAAUCGAGCUUGUCUGUCUGCUGUGUCACUCGCUUUGCCCCCAUACGUGCUGCUGCACAUGUGCGUGUACCGGUAUAGUUUGAGCGACAGUUUCCUCGCCAACCCCUCCACCUCGCCAGCGCUCAUCUCAGCCUGAGAACAACACAAAGGUCAUCUCAGCGCCGGUCGCUCUCCCCACCCUGCUGGCUGACAUGACCCACCUGGUCGAGCAGGUCCACUUUGUUCUGCACCAGCGCCAUUGCAAUGGGGCCGCACUCCUCCGCCACCUUGCUGCACCAAAUACACCAACACAGAGGAAUCGCCCCUCCUUCGCAUCUUCCAUCCAUCCAUCCAUCCAUGUGCCUCCCUCCUCACUCACGCACUCACUUGUGCCACCUCUCGACGGCGUCGAAGCUGUUCCUAUCGUUGGUGCUAAAGCUGACUAUGGCCGCCCCGGCGCCCUUGUAAUACGCACGGGUGACGGCGUCGUACUCCUCCUGCCCGGCCGUGUCCCACAGCAGGAAGGUGAUCUCCUCGCCCGUCGACUUGAGCGUCGUCCGCUUCUCCAGGAAAUCUACCUGACGACCACCGCCCGCAGCACACACACACACACACACACACACACACGCGCACAUCAGCCGGCGGAUCUGUGGUGGUUGUGGCUGCCUUUGGCUCACAGCGAGUGUCUUCUUGUAGUCGUCUGUGAAGACGCCCUUUGCGAAUCGUGUGAUCAUGGAGGUCUUGCCCACUUUGCCAUUGCCGACCACUAUCACCUUGAGCGUCGUCUCAAAGUCCUCCUCUAUCAUCGCUAUACCAGCCUGCACAACUCCUCAAACAGGCCAGAACAAGCCGAGAGCGACGCCUGACGCCACUCUUUCUUUAAAAGCUAUGGCUCCU